GUGAAAACUGCUUCAGCUCGGUAUAUGAGACACGGAUAAGCAUUAAGUCAUCAAACAAAAGGGAGUAUCAUGGAAUUGAAUUGAGGCAUCAUCGCUUUUCCGGCGCAACAACUGAGCUCCUUCUACCGCGCCACAGCGAAGCCACUCAAUGACGUCAGGAAAGCGCGAUGUUAUGAUGACUAAGCCGAUAUGCUGCGAACCAGUGGCCCAAGCUCCAUAUAAUUCUGCGCGAUUUCUUCCUGCCAAAUACUCCGUGGGUUUGGCAGAAAUAAUAGCAGGCCAGAGAUAGAAGGCUGCGUCGAUUAAAGACAGAUGUUCGCAACGGCCUUCGUGUGUUUUCUCUUCUCUUCUUAUUCUUCUCCUUUUUUCUUUCAUUUUCCUUGCUUCAGAGGAAGUUUUUCAAAUAGUUAGUGUUUGUGGCUUAGUAAAUCAGCGGAACCUGCCCCAUUGGAAUUACGUCAACAGCCCACUGACCGAAUGGUGCUUUGGUGCUUUUCUGUUGAGUAGGUAGACAACGGAGAAAGAGAAAAAAAAAAAAAAAAAGAGCGGUAAGGAAAUGAUAGUAAACCAGAACCAGGGGAGAUGGAGGGACACACACCAAAUAGGUUCAACCGUGUGUUCAACAAUGAAGAUUCUCAAAUUGCUUGGCUGAAGAAUUUAACCUUACAUAGUCGUUUAUACCGACCCGACCGAGGUGUCGACUGGGUAAAUGCUCCACAUCACACAUCAUCGAAAUGAUCGCUUGGAAAAAUUUUGAUGGCCACUUCUCCCUCUCCACACUCACCCCACCCCGCAGGUGCCCCCUCCGCCCCGAACGCAUCGAUAAGCGGGUAGCUCGUCCGCGAAUUUCACGUUUAUAGGACGUUUUAAUUACCAACCAUUCCCCCUUCAUCACCUAUCCGAUGGCAGAUCGAGUUUUUGGCAAUCUCCCAGCCGAAGUCCUCAAGGCAGUUAUUCCAAGGAUAUCGCAAGUAGGUCGUAGCUCUGCAACAUACCCUCUGGCGAAACGAUCGACGAAUGUUGGUACUGCGGGAUAGUAUCAUGCAAAAAGUCGGGAAAUUUAAUUCUAAGAGGAUAGUACGAAUGAAUCAUCUCGUCCCGCGCGUUGGUUGUUCCUUUGCCUGUUCUUGCUCAACAAAUGCUCUCAAUAUUGAUUCCAAGCCUUCGUUUCGGCGUGCCAGAAGCAUCACAUCGGAUAAGUUGAUCGUCGACCGUCCCGCAUGUCUAUCAUGGAAAAGUUCAGAGUGUAAGCAGAUUUUUGUGUAGAGAGAAGCAGUGGUAUUCUUAAGCCAUAGAGAGUGACGUUAAAGAUUAGUCCUUACUUGGCGAAUGCCUCCAGGUCUUGUCCCACGGUCUCUGAACUUGACAUCAGCAUGGAUAUAACGCUCCCCUGAAAUCUCCUUCACGUCACGGCAAGGAUAACCUAGGACAGUGGGAGGGAUUUUACCUAUCUGUGCCCAAACCAUCUCCGUCAGUGCCCCUAUAAACUGUGGAGUGGCAUCAACACCCAGCUUGAUCGUUUCAUCGUCCACGAUUCUACCAAUUGCAAGCCAAAGAGCCGACUUCAGGCGCUACGGGAGAGCAAAACAAUAUUAGCGCCUCUCUCUAUUUAAGAAUGGAUAAAACAAUGAUGGAGAUCUACACUGACCUCUUCAAGGGCCACGGAAUCACUUUCUUGCUCUGUCAUCGAAGUGGAUUAAGGUGGUUUCAGCUGUAAGAUUGCCGCUGUUGCACCUCCGGGAGCUCACGCUUGAAUGGCGUGGACACAGAGCCGUGGUGUGAUUGGCGCGAAACGCGCUAGACGCGAAAUGGCGGAAAAACACUUUUCGCGCUUAGAGUUUCUCGGAGCUCACGAAUGACGUAACUUCAUCCUUUUUUUAAACCUCCGCGGCUAAGAAAUGCCGCAAACCCACUAAGAUGCUUGUAGAGAGAUUUUCACACAUCUCCUCAAGCCAUUUGUCUACCUUUUCUCAAAGCGUUCGAAAGGCUAAUCAUACCUACCUAUCCUGUCAACGCUGUAUAAUCAAUAAUCUCUUGGGUCGCGCACUUCAUCUUGUUCUAUGCAAACCGAGCUACUCGGAGAUCAUUGACCCUUCCUCUGUGCUCCGCAAACCACCAAGUUGGAGCAAACCCCCCAGUUACAUAAAACCCUAGAAUCGCAAAGAAAGACGUCCACAAUCUCCAGCAUUAGUCUCUGAAAUAGCCCUAGGGGCCCCAAGCUCCUAGCCACCAAAAUGGCCACUCUAGACCCAACCUCCCUCGUGGCCACCCUCCAAGCCUGGUCUACAAACCUCACAACCAACGUCUCCAGCUCCGUCUCUUCCCUAACCCUACGCGACUACAUCCGCCUCGUCUGGAUAAUAGGCGGCUACCUCUUCCUGCGCCCGUACCUGGACACCGGUUUCCGCAAGCUCCUCAACACCAACAUGGAUAAAUCCGACGCGGAGGAGAGAGAACGCGAACGGGCGGAGGCGGAGGCUGCGAAUGCUGGUUCGGCCGGCGCGACGGCGAAAAUUUCUGCAAAUGCGCUGAGGGGUGCGUUGGGUGUCGGGAGUGAUAGUGAGGAUGACGAGGAGGGGCCGGAGAAGACGCAGGCUGUGCCGCAGUGGGGGAAGAGUGCGAGGCGGAGACAGAAGAGGGUGUUGAGGCAGCUUGAAGAGGCAGGGGAGAGGUUGAGGGAAGAUGAAGAUGAUAAGGAUAUUGCGGAUUUGUUGGAGGAUUGAUUUCAUUUUGGCGUUGAUUUAUUUAUUUAUUAUUUUUAGUUAUUUAUUUUUAUUUUUAUUUAUUUAUUUAUUUUGUUGGGGGGAGGAUUUUAUAGGGGUGGGGAUUGUUUUUAUAUGCUUUAUCUCGUUCGAUUUGGUCAUUAUUAUUCAAUAUUUUCCAUGUAUAAUGAGGCCAUUUCGUAUUGGAUGGUUUACAGUGGGAUAGAUCAUUUCACAUUUGAAUAGUCGAUAUAAUUUUAUCUUCACAUGAAAGCCAUGGAUAUUCUUUUGCUUUUUUCUCAUUUCCGAAAUGAAUAUUAAUUGCCCAUUUCGUACAUACAUGUAGAAUAAAAUAGAGCCUAGACUUAGGCAUACAUAGCCUUACCCAAUCCUACUAUUACCGUGUCCACAACCCGCAACAAACGCAAAUACAUCCAUCCUAAUGCAUCCUCUUCAACUCCUCCACAAUCGCCUUAACACGCUCAACAGUAACACCAGCAACCCCAUCCGCGAUGACUUUUCCGACAAUCUCCUCCUGCAAUUCCGCGCCACAGCCCAAAAACCGCUCAAUCAGCUCCCCGUCAACGAACCGAUACGGUUCCUCUGCCUGGCGUACGGUAUUCCGGAAGGCGCGGAAUUUGUUAAACGGCAUCCCGCCGGGCGUUACCACCAUGCCAGCCAUUGCGGAUUGCAACCGCAUGAGCAGGUCUUGGUAGGUCGGGUUGAUGAUCCCGAAGAGGUAGAUGGAGCCUUCGACCUAUAUACACAGAUCAUAUUAGUUGUCGACGUUUGAUGAAGGAAAAAAUAAAUAAAUAAAAUAAAAUAAAAAUAAAAAUAAAAAUAAGAAAAUAAGAAAAUACGUACGGUACCCAAGAAUGCUCUGGGGGAAAUCGCCGCCUCCGUCCCCAGUGACGCUUGAAUAUUCACCGGCCGUAUCCGGUUUACCAUCUCCCCCAGUAAAACCUCACUCGUAACUUCCAACCUCCGUCUAUCAUCCUCCGUCACGCCGUUGACAUUCCGGCGAAGUACGACCAGAUUUCCCUCAGCGUCACUCUCCAGCCACGUAUCCUGGGCCACUGGCGCGACAGCAGUGCUCCAAAGAGUUUGGAAAUGACGGGCAACUUCUGUCAGGCUGCCAGACAGACCGUCGGUGCCUUGUUGAUAUUCGACAAUGGAUACACUUUUCAUGAGAUCCGCGACAGCGAUGAGGUUGCCUGUCACGGCGAUGUCAAUGGGUGCAGUUGAGGUGCGAUAACUGGCGGUUUUAGUAAGGAUGUAGUCAGCGAAUUGACCUUUGGAAAGCGUGUAGACGACGACCUGUUACAAGAUAUGCGGGUUAGUCCAUCAUGAAGAAGCUAAAAUCGGCAUGAGUAGUUCGACGAACCGUUUUCAUAAGCGCAGCAACAAUCUUAUCCUGCACAAUAGCCAGUGCCCUACACGCGCCCUUAACAGGCAUCUCCGCUACCUUCCCGAGUUGUCUGUUCGGCGUCACUUCAAACGCUAAUAUCCUCCCGCGUAUAGAGCCCUCACCAAAAUCGUCAAGAUAAGACGUACCCACGAUAAACAAGUCCUUCAUAAGCUCCUCGCCUUCACUGUCUUUAUCAUCUGGGAACUGGGCGCGAAUAACACUUUCCACAAGCUCAUCCUUAUUCAGAUCAUAAACAUCCAAUUCGCGGAACAUAAUCUCAUCAGCUAGCAUGAACCGACUAGCAAUGACCUCCGCACCAUCCUCAAGCGUCCGCUUAAUCGUACCGAUACCGAACGCUCUCUCAGGCGCCGAAUACGCAACCCUCCGUACGGUCUCUCCAACCUCCAGCGUCUGGAUCUGCGUGGUCCGCUCCGCAUCCACGAGGGCGAUUUUCAAUUCUGACGGUGUGGCUAGCGCGAUGGAUGCCGGAUAUGCUUCUGAGUUGAAGUGGCAGAUGCGCGAGGCCUGAUCAGAGUUGACGGCAGAGUAAACGAUGCGGCCCUCUGCUGAGUAGAUUAAGCUGGGCUGCUCGCACGUAGCAAAAACGUUGUAUAAACCAUCUCCGCGGGGAAGUUUCUUGAAUGAGGGCUGUUCAGAGCCUAAGGUUAUUUUACUCAUGCUUGUUAGGGAGAAAUCGGUCGCGUUGAAGGAGAAUGAAAAGACGCUUCCAUCAGCCAUGGAGACAAAGAGAGUUGCAGGAUUAUUUGGGAGCACUUCUGCGACCAGCACAGAGCGUGGAACAGCGUCGCCUGGUUCGCCCAGUGACGUGCUAUGGCGAAUGGUCAGGUCUGCCAGGCUCAUGACAAUGACUUCAGCCGUUUGUGGUAGGCAAAGGAUACAAGAACGGGCCGGGGAUGCCGUGACAGUGACACCAGACACCUGUGUGUCGACACCAAAAUCCUUCUCUCCUGCGACUUUGAUUUCACCUCUAAUAUCGAAAAUCAUGAGAACUUGACCUCCAACCAUCAAGACGAGAUGGUCGUCAUUUGAAGAAGCCGCCGUGAUGGCUUUCUGCGACACUGGAGACCACUCCCACAUCACCAUGCCACCAUCCAACUCCGCAACCCGCACAUUCCGUUCUGUGACUUGUAAAAUCCUGCCGUUUGGUAGAUUCGCAGCAAUGAGCGUACUCUCUGUAAGUCCCAGCCCCAUAAACUCAUCCUUCUCUUCCACCCCCCCAUCAGGUGUGAAAUAGAACACCCGCGUCUCAUCUACAAAGGAAACCAACAACGUAUCCGAAAAUUCCUCUGGACAAGCAACCCGUAAUGCCCAGAGGUCCGUAAUAUGUUCCAUGGACCCUAACACACCUACUUCCUCCAUUCCCACGCCGCUUCUCACGCUCCUUAGACUGCCAUCAUUAAAUGCGCCGGACCCCGUAACAAUCCGCGCCUGACCCGACGAAAACUCGUGCGUCUGGCUCUCCCCCAUGGCCCGCCCACCUAGAUCCAUAAUCGUAAAAUCAAGUAUUGGUGCAAUAUUUGCGAACGUCUGUAUGACCUCAAACGAUCCCUCAGUGAUGCGAAUGAGCUGAGAAUCACCCUGAUGCGAGCCAAUAAACGUGACUCCACCACCCAUGUAAACUAGUACCGAGGCGCGUGGGAUAUUGCCUAGCCGGUCAAGCUUCCAGCUCUGAACGGCGUUGUCCGAAUCUAAGAUUAACAUAAGGAAGAAUAGACGGCCAUAGUCGUCUGCCAGCAGCCAUCGCUGGCCAUCGACCUGCUCCCAGGCAACGAAGAUGGUGGCUUCUUCGAGGGGCUGUGAGAUGCAUUCGUUGCUCGCAUCGUCGAGGUACCGGAUUGAGGUUUCGCCAAGGACAAGGAGGCCUCCUGUGCGUAUACAAUGAGUAAAAGUAAUAUAACUACAUGUAACGAACAGAUGGUCCAUCUGGCCAAAAUCAUAAGGAGAGACAUAGAAAACCUACCUAAUGGCGCCGGCACCGGCACCAAAAAGCUAGCCCCCAUCUCCAACUCCUCCUUCAACAUAUCCAACCCCUUCAACACCGCCGCACUCCCCCCAUCCGCUCCAACUCCACUCCCACCGCCGGAUCCACUCCCAAUUCCCAUCCCGCCAUAUGUAACCUCCAGCUCCCUAACCUUCAGCCGCACCUUCCCCAUCGUAUCCUCAUACAAAAGCGCCAUCCUUGGUAGCAUAUCCGCCUGCGUAUGCAAAAACGUCGACGAGCGCACCAACAAUUCCUCAACGCGCGCCUGACAAGGUUCGCCUAGCUCCAAGUCCGCCGCCCCUACAUCCUGAUUCCCCUGCAUCGUGCUUGCGCUAGCAUUAGCAGCCCGCUUCCCCAACUUCCGCCCGGAUCCUCGUGAUCGCAGCGGCUGGCCAAUGGGUAUAACCGUGACGAUGCCUUCGUAUAACUCUAGCGUGAGAAAUCGGCCAGAGGGAUCGAUAAGGCAGCGGUCGCCGAGUUGGGACUCGCGGGCGGAACCGUCGGCAAGAUCAACGUAUUUGCGCUCUGUGUGGAGGUUUUUUGUCUUUUGGUCCCAGGAGACGGUGAAGUAGGUGGAGCGGUCUGUGCCAACGAAGAGGAUGUCUGUUUGGGGACGGAAGGGAGCCGGUUGUAGCUGUGGUCGUUGGUCCGGGGUUUGCGGCUCUGGCUGUGAUUGUGGUUGUGUAGGUAGUGGGGGUCGUGAUAGCUUUGCUAGCAUAGUCACUUUGCCGUAUAUGGCUUUUGAGUGUUCGAGGGAGAGGCCAUCGGGAGUUCGGGAGUAGAAUUCAAGGCGGUUGGAUUUGCUGGAGUGAGUGCGGGCGUGGUUAGAUACUGUGUUUGGUAGUGAUCCUGUGCAUGAAUGGGAGAGCUAGCUACCGGGUUGGGGAAUACUCACGCAACAACCAAGCAGUCUUUUUCCGGCUCCAAGAAUUGGAGCUUUAAAGCAUGGCGGAUGCUGCUUGCAUGAUGGAUAGGCACCACGUACGCCAUAUUGAAGAGCCGGGAGCUAUAAGCUGACCUGCCUAAGAGUGUUGGAGAGCAGAGCAGUGAUAAGCAGAGCAACCACUCUAGUAUCAGGGAAUAUGUUGGGCGAUUCCGAUACCGUAAUCACACCAACCUGUCGCCACAGGUAUUCAAUAAUAUAGAGAGUAUGUGGAGGACUAUGGUGGCCAGUGCAGAUAUGCCGGCUGUUUGUCUAGGCACUGGCGGGUUGAAGUUAGAGUUGAAGCCGAAGUUGAGACGAUGCGGCUACUGAUUUCAUUGUAUUAUUUAAUAUUAAUAUGAUGCUGGCUAGGAACGGAGGGCUUGGCACGCUUAAAUAUCGAAGAUCCCCUCCCCCUAACUAGAGGAACUUAUCAAUUUGACAUGGCGGAAGCCGAAAAGCAGUUAUAAAUUACAAAUUGGAUAGUAGCGGCGAAGGGUGAAAAAAGAUAAACUAAUCUAUAUGCAAUUGAGUUUCUUAUCUGGUAUCUCAUUCUAGGAAAAAGGGAAACCCCAUAAACUUAGGCCGUCCAUCCCGCGUAUAUCCAUUCCCAUAGGUACAAAAAUAAGAGACAGAACAUCCUAAACCUAAAAAAAAAAAAAAAAACACUCCAUUGUCCAUCUAUCGCGACAUAUCCUUCAGAUAUUUAUACACCACAGAAAAGUCCUUACCCGGAUACCCGCUCUCAGUCUCCGCAUAAACCUCCUGCGCCUUCUCCGCAAGCUUCAAGGGUGUCCCCGCCUCCUUCGCCGCCUCCACCGCAAGCCGAAGAUCCUUCUUCAUCAACGACACCCCAAACCCACCCGCAUAAUCCCUCGAAGCGGGCGCUGUCUCGACCACACCGGGCACGGGGUUAUUCACCUCACUCGACCAUGACCUCCCCGUGGACGAAUUGAUCAUCUGGCCCAGCGUCUUCGCAUCCAGCCCCCACCGAAUCCCGAGAUUCAUCGCUUCCGCCGUCGCGAUGUUCUGGAUGGCGAGGAGGUAAUUGUUGGCUAGUUUUCCGGAGAGCCCGGCCCCCUGCUCACCCAGGUGCCAUACCUUCUUGCCCAUAAGCAGGAGAGCCUCUUCGGCCCGCUGGGCAAGUCCGGGCACUUUGGAGGAGGCACCGAGCAUGAAGGUGAGAGUACCGGCCUUGGCGCCCACGACGCCGCCGGACAUGGGAGCAUCUACGAAUUUGCCGGCGCCCGUGCAGUGGACUGCGUUUGCGACUUCGCGGGAGGAGGCGGGGUCGAUCGUCGAGCAGUCGAUGAAGAGGCGGUCUUUGUCUGAUUGGAGUUUUGGGAGGCCGCCUUUUAGGAUGAUGUGGAAAACGUCCUUGACGUGGCGGGGUUCAGGAAGACUGGUGAUAAUUGUUUCCUACAGGGUAAAGAAAAUUGGAUUUUUAUUAAUUUCCAUGAAAAGUCUAGAUAUUGGCAGAGUAGCAGAGCCGAUCGAGUGAAUGCGCAGGCGGUUGUUUUCCCAAAUUCAUAUACCUAAAAUGCGGGAAGGUAGACAUAGAGGCAGUGUGGAGGGCUUAGGGUCGCCAAAUGAAUACAAAGAGAUGACAUAUGUAUUUUGCAAAAAUAAGUAUACACAAUCCUUACCGAUUCUAAAGCCACCUGUUGAGGGCUAGUCGCAACCUUGACUUUCAGGUCGCUGGGUUGUUCUUGGACGAAUUGCUCGGUGGUUUUCGCGUUGACGUCGCAUAUGAUCAGUGUAUCAGAUUUGGGGAUUUUGGAACGCAAAUUCCUAGCCAUUGAGUAUCCUAGGGGUGGAAAAGAAAUAC